CAGAUCUAAGCCGGGAAGCAUGUCGUUGCAUUAUCCUCAAGGAUAUCGGUAUCGCCCGGCUGCUAAGGCUGCCGGGGCAGGAAACGGUGAGCAAGGUUCCGACAGUGACGUUGCUGAACUCAGUGAUCUCGAGGAUGACGAGGAUGAAGAUGGGGGCGACAAGUUGACUAAUAGACGUGUUAUUCAACAAGACGAAGAGGAGGAGGAGGAGGAGGAGGAGGAGGAGGAGGAAGAGGAGGAGGAGGAGGAGGAUGACGAUGACGAAGAGGACGACGAGGACGAUAACGAAGAUGACGACGGAGCGGACGACGUUGAUGGCGACGAUCUACCCUAUCCUGGUUUCGUGCCGGUUGCUUUGCGAUACCUCGACCAGAAUACACGACCGCGCAACUGGUGUCUGGCGCUCAUCACUAAUCCGUGGUUUGAAAGAGUUAGCAUGAUGGUAAUUCUUUUAAACUGCAUUACCCUGGGGAUGUAUCAACCAUGCGUCGACGACCAAUGCGUAACGAAUCGCUGUAAAAUAUUACAAAUGUUCGACGACAUUAUUUUCGCCUUUUUCGCCUUGGAGAUGACAAUCAAAAUGGUCGCGAUGGGCAUAUACGGCAAGGGAACCUACCUCGCAGACUCCUGGAACAGGUUGGACUUCUUUAUAGUGGCGGCUGGUGCUCUGGAAUACUGUUUGAACGUGGAAAACAUGAAUUUAUCGGCGAUAAGGACAAUAAGAGUCCUGAGACCUCUACGUGCCAUCAAUAGAAUUCCAAGUAUGCGGAUACUGGUGAUGCUUUUACUCGACACUCUUCCUAUGCUGGGUAACGUGCUGCUGCUCUGCUUCUUCGUUUUCUUUAUCUUCGGUAUCGUCGGCGUUCAACUAUGGGAGGGUAUACUGCGUCAACGGUGUUUCCUGAAGGCUCUACCCAACGUGAAAUAUCCUGACGACCUUGAGAAGUACUUUGAAUAUCAGGGUCAGGACUACAUUUGCUCGCGUCCCGACGACAACGGAAUGCACUCUUGCAGUAACUUACCGCCGCUCAAGUUCGGGAACGUGAUUUGCAAUAGCACCGCGUUGCCGAACAAUAAUGCAACGUUUAUCACCAACGACACCUGUGUUAAUUGGAAUUACUACUACACGGAGUGCAAGGGUCAGGGUAACAAUCCUUUCCAAGGGACUAUAUCGUUCGAUAAUAUCGGUCUUGCCUGGGUCGCAAUAUUUCUCGUGAUCAGUCUUGAAGGAUGGACGGACAUAAUGUAUUACGUGCAGGAUGCUCAUUCUUUUUGGGAUUGGAUAUACUUCGUCCUUUUAAUUGUGAUUGGUUCCUUCUUCAUGAUUAAUCUCUGCUUAGUCGUAAUAGCAACGCAAUUCUCCGAGACGAAAAAACGGGAAAUGGAAAGAAUGCGACUGGAGCGUGCACGUUUUCAUUCCACAUCAACCCUUGCAUCGUCGACGAAUACUUCAGAGCCAACUACAUGUUACGCAGAAAUUGUUAAAUAUAUUGCACACCUGUGGCGAAGGGGAAAGAGAAGAUUAAUGAAGAGGUACCGAGUGUAUUUAUACAAAAGGCAGCAGAAACGUGAGCAGAAUUUACUUAAGGAACAACAACAGUACGGACACCCAUUUCGUGGUGGUAUACCCGGUCCUGAUCCGAAUAGAUUAUCUGGAGAUAGGAAGCUUCAUCACGGUAGGUGUCCUCGAUUGUUGGAGCAACAACAGCAACAGCAGGGGAUCGGUAGCGGUGGAGGUUCGCUUACCGAUUUUGGGGCGAACAGUCCUCCGACGCAGGCCGCGAUUCUUGCUACUGCCAUUAGCCAUAACGGCGGGAGCAAUGGGAAUUUAGCGAUUGCACCUCGUGCCAGCCCUGAAAUCUCCGAGGCGGACGUGUCCUCGAACAUGUGCCAACGUCUGGGCCUUCAUCGGACAUCAUCGGUCUCCUGCAACGGAAGUGAUAAUGUUCUCUCGAACGCGACUGAAGCAAGCAUUCAGACGAACAAUGCGCUGCUAAGUCCACCUUGCACGCACUAUCGUAGAAGGAGCAGCGUGAUGUUCAGCGACGUGGUGUUGCUUCACGGUAGCAACAACGUCGGGAACGCGUUGCAAACCACCUCGACGGUGUUGCCCGGCGAGCGGAACGUGUGCUCGAGCGAAAAAAUGACACAGACCGGUGACGGGAAUGUUUGGUCGAGUCCACUGCCAGACCACACACAGAUGCAGGCUGAAUUGGGUGGAAACGAAGCUAUGACUUGUCAAGAAUUACUGGCGCUUAGCGGAGCUUUAAGCGCCGCAUUACCAACAGGCCAGCUGGCAUUGGAUUCCUUCCUCAACUCGCUUACCAAAGGAAUAACCGAUCGACAUAUUUCACUGGAGGAUCGUACACAGUGGUUAGCAUCGGAUAUUGAUAAUUGUUCCUGUUGUUGUGAACUCCAAGGCGUUGAUCAAUGGCCAGACGACGGUGAUAAAUGGACAAAAACUUCGCGAGCGAGAAAGUUCCUGAGAACUUGCGGAAACCGUUGUGUUUGCGCGGUACGCUGCAUAAGACGGUCGAUUAAGAAGCUGGUCGAGCACAAAUACUUUCAACAGGGUAUUUUAUUCGCGAUUUUAAUCAAUACUUUGAGCAUGGGGAUCGAGUAUCAUAAUCAGCCAGAGCAAUUGACCAUAGUGGUUGAGAUAAGCAAUAUUGUAUUUUCGGCCGUCUUUGCUGUGGAAAUGUUACUCAAGAUAAUCGCAGAAGGCCCAUUUGGAUACAUAAGCAACGGAUUCAACGUUUUCGACGGAGUUGUUGUCGUACUCAGCGUCGUGGAGAUUUGUCAAGCGUUUGUGGAGGAGAGAAGCGGUAGUUCUGGAUUGAGCGUGUUGAGAACGUUCCGGCUACUGAGAAUCCUGAAGCUCGUGCGUUUCCUACCGAAUCUCCGGCGGCAGUUAUUCGUGAUGUUGCGCACCAUGGAUAACGUUGCCGUAUUCUUUUCCCUUUUAGUACUUUUCAUCUUUAUAUUCAGCAUCCUAGGGAUGUACCUGUUCGGGGGUAAGUUUUGCAUGUGGGCGGAUCGGAGUCGGCCCUGCACCUGUGCUGAGGUGGUCUCGCGGCACCCAAUGUGUCGCUGUGAUCGCAAACAUUUCAACGACAUCGUCUGGGCACUUGUCACAGUCUUUCAGAUCUUGACACAGGAAGACUGGAACGUGGUGUUGUUCAACGGUAUGCAGAAAACGUCCCACUGGGCGGCACUUUACUUCGUCGCGUUGAUGACUUUCGGAAACUAUGUACUUUUCAAUCUGCUGGUUGCCAUACUUGUCGAGGGAUUCUCUUCGGAGAGAAAUGAAAGAAGGGAGCGAGAACAAAGAGAAAUGGCCAGACUUGCUGCGAAAGAAGCUGGAAUGGAUAGCGACGAUGGAUCAUCCAGAAUAUCGAGAUCUCAUUCGUUCACCGAUAGUGAUACUUACACUCAGGAUCGAAAGAAUUCGUGGCAGAGUGCCGAGGAUUUGCGCAAGUACAAAGACAACAACAGCAGGGAGAAGCAGAACACUAUGUGGAAGCAUCAGAUAGAUGAGCCGAAGUGUAACAUUCAGAAGGAAAAUAAAAUGAUGGGUGCAGCGGGACAACCACCGAUAAUUACCCAUACAGCAGCUACUCCUCAAGACUCGCCUAACACAACUCUCGACGUGGGCUACAGAGAUCUAAAUUACAGAGCUGUUUAUCCGACUGCGGCACUGUCGAUUGAAUCUAUCGAUCGUUCAGGUAGCCAGUCUAGUAUCCCUUCUGGCCUGUUGAAAUUACCAGAUGUUUCGAACAAAAUACCAACUAAAAACCUCAUUGCCGGACAAUUUCCACGACGAAUCAGCCUUGUCGCUGCUGUUGUUAGUCCCUCAGCGAGAGAAUCGUCUAAUUCGAGUCCACCAAGAAUACAAAGAGGUUACUCGUGGAAAUUAUCGCGACCAUCUCUGAGGAGAAAACGCUGGUCUCAGACAGAUGAUGAAUCACUAGGCAGAGCCACUGUGUUAAACAAUGGUCGAAGCACUCUACUUGGUUUCAAUUCAACCUUCAACGGUGGAUACUUACAUGGUUCGAUAAGAAACGACACGCAAUGUGACACGCCGAAUAAUCGAACGACCGUCCUAACAAGCAAUAAUUGUAGCCUCAGCCCUAAUAAUUCCAUCGGAAGUCGUAGCUCUUCCAUACGUCGUUACACAGCAACACCUAAUCAAAUGCGAUGGAUUAGCGAUCUUUCGCGGAGGAACUCGUUACGUGGAAACGAAAGUAUUCAGUCACCGACGAGGAAAACUUUACCUCUAGACGAGGUGCCUAUGCAAUGCUCUACGGCUCGUACAAUCAACAAUUUGUCAAUGGAGGCUGGUCCACUGCCCAGAAUUAAACAACUUCCCGAUCAAGACGACGACAAUCCUCGUACAGACGAACAGACGCCAUCCUUGAAUGGUCACGGAAGUGCGAGCAGUAUCGAGAGAAUUAAAAAGAUCUUCAUGUUUUUUGAACCUAAAGGUUGCCUUAAAGAACGUGAUGAUUAUUCGCUUUACAUUUUUCCACCAAAUAACAGAUUUCGCGUUCUCUGUCGAUGGUUAGUCGAUCAGAAAUGGUUCGAUAACAUGGUUCUUUUUUUCAUCGGUCUGAAUUGUAUUACACUGGCAAUGGAACGGCCAAAUAUUCCGCCAGAUAGCGGUGAAAGACUUUUUUUAUCAACUGCUAACUACAUUUUUACUGGAGUGUUUGCCAUUGAGAUGUUCAUUAAGGUUGUUGCAUCUGGUAUGCUGUACGGCUCCGACGCUUAUUUUACUUCAGGUUGGAACAUUAUGGACGGAGUUCUUGUGAUUAUUUCUAUAAUUGACUUAUCAAUGUCUGUACUAUCGUCGAGUAGUCCGAGGAUAUUUGGAAUAUUGAGGGUUUUUAGACUUUUAAGGUCACUAAGACCGUUACGGGUGAUUAAUCGAGCUCCUGGUUUGAAGUUGGUUGUUCAGACAUUGUUAUCCUCUUUACGACCUAUUGGCAACAUCGUUUUGAUAUGCUGUACUUUUUUCGUAAUCUUCGGUAUCUUGGGCGUGCAGCUCUUCAAAGGUGCCUUUUACUAUUGCGAGGGGCCUGAUAUAAAAAAUGUUCGCAAUAAGACGGACUGCCUGGCCGAUAAACGGAACGUUUGGCUGAACAGAAAGUAUAAUUUUGAUGAUCUUGGAAAAGCACUGAUGUCACUGUUCGUACUCUCCUCGAGGGAUGGAUGGGUGAACAUUAUGUACACUGGACUUGAUGCUGUCGGUGUCGAUCAACAGCCAAUUGAGAAUUAUUCAGAAUGGCGACUGUUGUACUUUAUAGCAUUCAUCCUGCUUGUGGGAUUUUUCGUCCUUAACAUGUUCGUAGGCGUCGUGGUGGAAAAUUUUCACAGAUGUCGCGAGGAACAGGAGAAAGAGGAACGUGUAAGGAGAGCGGCUAAGCGAGCCUUGCAAAUGGAAAAGAAACGGCGAAAAAUGCACGAGCCACCCUACUAUACGAAUUAUUCAAAAUCCAGGCUGUUUGUUCAUAAUGUCGUGACAUCCAAGUAUUUCGAUUUAGCAAUUGCUGCGGUAAUCGGCCUGAACGUUGUUACUAUGGCAAUGGAGUUCUAUAUGAUGCCAAAGGCUUUGACUUACGCUCUAAAAAUAUUUAAUUACUUCUUUACCGCAGUCUUCAUCCUUGAAUCUUUCAUGAAGCUUCUUGCCUUGGGUUUACACCUUUAUCUUAAGGACAAAUGGAACCAGUUAGAUGUAGGAAUCGUGAUAUUAUCGGUGGUCGGUAUAGUUCUCGAGGAAGUUGAAUCAAAAAUCAUUCCAAUCAAUCCCACUAUCAUUCGGGUGAUGCGAGUUUUACGAAUUGCUAGAGUUCUGAAGUUGCUGAAAAUGGCAAAAGGAAUACGAGCCCUUUUAGACACGGUAAUGCAGGCGUUACCACAAGUCGGAAAUUUAGGACUUCUAUUUUUUCUGCUUUUCUUCAUCUUCGCAGCUCUUGGUGUAGAACUGUUUGGUCGUUUAGAAUGUAACGACGAUAUGCCCUGUCAAGGUCUCGGCGAGCAUGCUCAUUUCAGUAAUUUCGGUAUGGCGUUUCUCACACUUUUUCGAGUGGCCACCGGUGAUAAUUGGAACGGUAUAAUGAAGGACACUCUAAGGGACGACUGUGACGAAGCAGCGGACUGCGUGAAGAAUUGCUGCGUGAGCACUAUCAUAGCCCCCAUAUUUUUUGUAAUUUUCGUGUUGAUGGCACAAUUUGUUCUUGUGAACGUUGUCGUUGCCGUGCUCAUGAAACACCUCGAAGAGAGUCACAAACAGAUGGAAGACGAACUUGACAUGGAAACACAGCUGGAAAGGGAAUUGGCCGCGGAGCAAGAAGAACUGUUGGAUGUAGAAGAGGAAGAAGAAGACGAGGAAACGGAGAAACGAGAAGGAGGAGGUGACGGUGUUAUAGAGGAGGACGACGACGUCAGAGAACGCGAGUCUAUUCUAGUUACGAACGAGAAGGUUCCUCCUAGCAGACCUGGUCUUGCUAAAGUUCGUUCUUUGCCUGCGAAUUUUAUUUAUAAUCCACCACGGGAGAGAAGUGCAGACGAUGGAACAAUAGUUACAGACGGCACAUUAUCGCGGCGCAGUUCGUAUCAUCGUUCCAGUUCAAGACCGUCCAAGUUUAAAUCGAAACGUCGACAAACGUUUCACUCGGGACAUCAUCAGAGGAGAUCCCUACUGCCGAUGCAUUUCGAAGUUGCCGAAGUUUUCGAGAAGCCUAUGAGCAAUCUAAGUGUGCCUCGAAUUAUUCCUCAACGCAGCUACGGUGCAGCAAGGCAAGAUACCACACACGCGCAGCGUCAAAGGUUACAGGCAACCAGCGAUGGGCAAGAAAACAAGUCCCUGUUGAGCGUCAGCAAGCUUCCAGCAAAUUCUUCCCCGGUGACACAAGCCAGUUCAGUAACCACUCUAACCUGUCCCAAAUUAAGCAGCGAACGUUAUCUUCUGCCAACAGCCAAUAUUUACCCGUCCAAAGCAACGUUGAGUGGCAGGGCAUCGGGCGACAUGCAUUCGCAAUCUGACACGAACGUGAGCGUCAGGAGUGCAAGUAACGCCUCGAAAACAACCAGCGUGAUGAACGGUUAUGCUAAGAACGGCGCGAACAACACCGGCAAGCCUGACGAUACGAAAGUGAAAAACGAGAGACGGGUAUCGGCUCCACCGACAGACGAUCUCGACGUGCAGUCUAUCAUUAACGAAAGGAGACCGUCCAAAUUGAAGAGCGGAAGUUCGACGGGGAUGUCGAACAGCGAUCAGUACGGUUCGUCGAUUCGGACCGGAAGCUACGGCCACAUCUACGUGGCCGAGGAGAGAUCUGAGGAAGUGUCACCGAUGUCGGCCGGUAACAUGAGCGAUAGCAUAAUUGGGAGCACGAGUAUCAGCGGGAGUGGAAGCAGUAGCGCAAGUGGCAACGGUAGCAGAAGUGGAUGUGCCAUUGUACACAUACCAGAAGCAGUUUGCUCUACUAUCGGCUCCGACGUACGAAUAUACGUGGACGACACUGAUUCGACGAGUAGCAACAGCCAUAAUAAAAGAAAGGUAAACGACGAGACACCGGAUGCUUCGACGACCGUUUCUUCGGUUACCGCAGUCCGUGAGGGAAGCUACAAGACGGAAGAAAUUGAAGAUAGAUCGGAGAGAUUCGACAGACCGUCCUCUGGUGGACCCUCAGAUCCCUCUUAA